AUGGCAGAAGCCGUACUCCUUGCUCUGACAAAGAUUGGUAGCGUUUUAGCAGAUGAAACUGCCAAGAAAAUGCUGUCCAAAUUAUCGGAAAAGGUUAAUAAUCUGAAGGAUCUGAAUGACAAGAUCGAGUUAAUAAGAAUGCAACUGACAGCCAUGAACAAUGUCAUACGUAAGAUUGGCACAGUAUACCUCACUGAUGAAGUCAUCAAGGGUUGGAUUGGGGAAGUGCGAAAGGUAGCCUAUCAUGUUGAGGAUGUAAUGGACAAGUACUCAUAUCACACACUUCAAAUGGAGGAAGAAUGGUUCCUGAAGAAGUACUUCAUUAAAGCGUCACAUUAUGUCUUGGUUUUUAGUCAAAUAGCAGAAGAGGUUAUCAAGAUUGAGAAGGAGAUCAAGAAAGUUAUAGAACUCAAAGAUCUGUGGUUUCAGCCUUCACAGCUUGUUGCUGAUCAGCUAAUUGAGAUGGAAAGACACCGUUCGCGCGAUAACUUCCCACUACUCAUUAAAGAUGAAGAUCUUGUGGGGAUUGAAGAUAACAGGAGAAAGCUCACCGAAUGGCUGUAUUCUGAUGAGCUUGACAGCACAGUGACAACGGUAUCAGGCAUGGGUGGACUUGGAAAAACUACUCUUGUAACAAAUGUUUACGAACGUGAAAAAAUCAACUUUCCUGCUACAGCAUGGAUGGUCGUGUCCCAGACCUACACGAUAGAAGCUCUGCUUAGGAAGUUACUCAUGAAGGUUGGUCGUGAAGAGCAGGUGCCACCAAACAUUGACAAAUUGGAUGUCCAUGAUUUGAAACAAAAAAUAAAGCAAAAGCUCGAAAAUAAGAAAUGUUUGAUUGUAUUGGAUGAUGUCUGGGACCAGGAAGUGUACCUUCAAAUGUCUGAUGCAUUCCAAAAUCUUCAAUCAAGUCGCAUCAUCAUCACAACACGGAAGAAUCAUGUGGCUGCUCUUGCUCAGCCGACUCGUCGCCUUGAUGUCCAGCCUCUGAGAAACACUCAGGCAUUUGAUCUCUUCUGCAGAAGGACUUUCUAUAACAAGGAAGGCCAUGCGUGCCCUAGUGACCUUGUCGAGGUUGCUACUUCUAUAGUAGAUAGGUGCCAGGGAUUGCCACUAGCAAUUGUAUCAAUUGCUAGCUUAUUGUCUUCGAGGGCACAAACAUAUUACAUCUGGAAUCAAAUUUACAAUCAGCUUCGAAGUGAGCUAUCAAAAAAUGAUCAUGUCCGGGCAGUUUUGAACCUGAGCUACCAUGAUCUAUCAGGCGACCUAAGAAAUUGCUUCUUGUACUGCAGCCUCUUCCCUGAAGAUUACCCUAUCCCACGUGAGAGCCUCGUCAGGCUUUGGGUUGCAGAAGGCUUUGCAUUGAGCAAAGAAAACAACACAGCAGAGGAGGUGGCUGAGGGAAACCUCAUGGAGCUGAUCCACCGCAAUAUGCUGGUAGUACUGGAAAAUGAUGAGCAGGGAAGGGUGAGUACAUGUACAAUGCAUGAUAUUGUGCGAGAUCUUGCCCUUGCUGUUGCGAAAGAGGAGAGGUUUGGCACUGCAAACAACUAUGGAGCAAUGAUAUUGAUGGGCAAGGAUAAGGAUGUUAGACGCCUAUCGUCAUAUGGAUGGAAAGACAGUGCAUCUCUAGAAGUCAAACUUCCACGCCUUCGAACUCUAGUAUCACUUGGAACAAUUUCAUCCUCCCCAAACAUGUUAUUGUCAAUUUUAUCUGAAUCCAGCUACCUUACUGUUCUCGAGCUACAAGAUUCUGAGAUUACCGAAGUGCCAGUAUCUAUAGGGAAUCUCUUUAACCUACGUUACAUCGGCUUGCGUCGUACAAAGGUCAGAUCACUACCUGAUUCUGUUGAGAAGCUUCUGAACCUCCAGACUCUGGAUAUCAAGCAAACAAAAAUAGAGAAACUUCCACGAGGAAUCUCUAAGGUUAAGAAGCUACGACACCUUCUAGCUGACAGAUAUGCUGAUGAGAAGCAGUCACAGUUUCGGUACUUCAUCGGGAUGCCAGCCCCUAAAGAUCUGUCGAACUUGGUAGAACUUCAGACUCUUGAGACUGUGGAAGCCAGCAAGGAUUUGGCUGAACAGCUGAAGAAACUGAUGCAGCUAAGGACUCUGUGGAUUGACAACAUUAGUGCUGCUGAUUGUGCAAAUAUUUUUGCCAGCCUAUCAAAUAUGCCACUCCUUUCCAACUUGCUUCUUUCUGCAAAGGAUGAAAAUGAGCCACUUUGCUUUGAGGCACUCAAGCCAAGGUCCACAGGACUCCACAAGUUGAUUAUCAGAGGGCAAUGGGCGAAGGGAACAUUGCAGUGCCCACUAUUUCGAGGCCAUGGGAGACACCUCAAGUAUUUAGCUCUAAGCUGGUGCCACCUUUCAGAAGAUCCACUGGAGAUGCUCGCUCCACAAUUGCCAAACCUCACAAAUCUGAGACUCAACAACAUGCGUAGUGCAAAUACAUUGGUUCUUCCUCCAGGAUCAUUUCCCCACCUAAAGUUGCUUGUCUUGAUGCACAUGCCAAAUGUCAAGAAGCUGGUGAUUGGAAAAGGCGCGCUCCCAUGCAUUGAAGGUCUGUACAUUGUGUCCUUGGCGGAGCUGGAUAAGGUCCCUCAAGGCAUUGAAUCGCUUCGCACCCUGAAGAAGCUCUCUCUUGUGAACCUGCAUAGGGGCUUCCUGACUGAGUGGAACAAGAGCGGAAUGCAUGAUAAGAUGCAGCAUGUCCUAGAGAUUUGUGUUUAG